CGCACCUUCCGCCUGGGCCCGAGUCUGCGGCCGCGGAGCUCAUGGGCCCGAGCGAGCGGCGAGGGGCGGCCCAGGCCGUUCGGGGCACCGGGGGCAGCAGCGCCGCCAGCAAGAGGUCGGCCGCCGCGUGGGGCUACACGCCGGACCGCUUCGUGCUGCAGCUCGUUCCCGGGUCCGGCCGCCGCGCCGCCGCCAUCCACCGGGGCUACUACGUGCGGGCCCGAGCCGUGGAGCGCUGCGUCCGGACGUUCCUGCUGAGCCCCCGCGGCUGCCCUCGGAGGCAGAUCGUCUCCUUGGGCGCGGGCUUGGACUCGCUCUACUUCUUCCUCAAGAGCGAAGGGCUCCUGAGCCGGACGGUGUUCUUUGAGGUCGACUUCCCAGAUGUGUCUUGCCGCAAGGCGGACCUGAUCCAUGAGACGGAGGAAUUGGCUGCCUUGGUGGGGAGUGGGAGCAGCCCUCCCAAAGAGAUGCCUGGGGUGGUUGCUUUUUCAGGAGACGAUUACAGGCUUUUGGGAGUGGACCUCGCUGAACUGUCGAAGCUGGAGGAAGCCUUGCAUGCAGCAGGCCUGGACCCCAAAGCCCCCACAAUGAUUCUGGCAGAAGUUGUGCUCACCUACAUGGAGGUUGAGAGAUCAGAUGCCCUGGUCCAGUGGGCAGCCAGGCACUUCCUACAGGCUUGGUUUGUCCUGUACGAGCAGAUCCAUCCUGAUGACCCUUUUGGACAUGUUAUGCGGAAUCACUUCAGUGGGCUCAAGACCCAGCUUCGUUCCAUAGCCCAAUACCCAAACUGUGAGGCCCAGCAGAUGCGCUUCCUCCAGAGGGGCUGGACUGAAUGCAGCAGCAUCGAUAUGAAUGAAUUCUACCGCCGCUUUGUCCACGGAGAUGAGCAGCGGAGGAUCCAAGCUCUGGAGCCCUUUGAUGAGUUUGAGGAAUGGCACCUGAAAUGCUCCCAUUAUUUCAUCCUUGUUGCAUCAAGAGGAGGGGAGGGGAUGCCUCUGACCCCUUCUGUGUUUUCUGGCAUGGAAGACAAAGCCUCACUGAUCGGCGGGAAGCCGUGCUUUGCUGGGGCGAUUGCUGCCUCGGUCUGUGCCACAGACUUGGGAGUUGCCAGCCUAAGGCGGUUCGGCCAUCGCUCUGUGCUGCUAACCCCACACGUGGUCCUUACCACAGGAGGUUUUGGGGACCACGGUGGGCGUCAUGGCCGCCUGACGGAGCUGCAUGUCCUAAUCAGGGACAAGGACGCCUGGAGAAGCGGCCGUGUCUGCCUGGCGCCAUCUGGGGAAGCCUGGGAUGGGCGGCUCUUCCACACAGUGACAUUUCUGCGGGCAGGCUGGGCAGUGGUGCUGGGGGGACGCAUGUCCCCCGUGAGCCCUGGCCUGGCCCCCCUGCGCCUGAGAGUGCUGGAGGCUGCCACAACCGCAGCCGCUGGAGGUCCCGUGGUCGAACUUACUCGGCUGCCGCCUGUCAAGGACCUGGCUUCGCCCCGCUGGAGACACACAGCGACUGAAAUUGCGUAUCGAGGUGAGGCGUACCUGUUUGUCUAUGGUGGCUGUGGCUCUGGGCAGUCUGUGCUGGCGGAUUGGUGCUUCCUGCACGUGGAGGAGCUCUGUGGCCGGCAGAUUCCUGUGGAAGGCCACGUCCCGGCUGGCCGUCACUCCCACAGUGCCUGUGGCUGGAAAGAUGGGGUCCUCAUUGCGGGGGGCCUGGAAGCAGCAGAACAGCCGCUGGGCACCAUCCUGUUUCUGAGGCCAGCGGAGCGUGGCUUCCAGUGGGAUACGGUUGAGACCUGCCCACCCCUCGCUCCUAGGUACUCGCACACGGCCCAUGUGCAUCAUGGGAAGUUGCUACUGGUGGGCGGAGUCUGGCUCCAUGCGCCUUCGGUGCCUGGCGUGGCUGUGAUCGAUCUGGCAACGGGACUGGCUGUGGAGUAUCGCAUCGACACAGCGUCUCUCCCAAGGCCUCUGAUGUUGCACAACCACAGCAGCAUCUUCCUGCCAGAUGAGAAGGAGGCGCUUCUCCUCGGGGGCGGCGGCAACUGCUUCUCCUUUGGGAGCCACCUGAACUGGCCACCUGUCUGCCUGGCCCUGGGAGGCAUCUGGAACGGGCAUUGAUGCUUAUGGCCGGGGUGGGGCAGGAGUGGAGACAUGUAAGGAAGCCGGAUGCUGAGCUGCAGGAGGAGGAGGAGCCCCCCUCCGGGUAAUGUGGCUGUGGGGUGGGGCCCUGUCCUUUCAAGGGUGCUUCUCAAGGCUCUGGAAAAGAAACCACAUCUUGCCAGUAGGCCAGAGGGCUGUGGUAUUGGGAAGAAUACGUUCUAACCUUUCGGUGCCCCAGAGUCACGCCUGCGGGUUACAAGAUGUGGACUUUGGGCUCUGCGAAGAGAGGACCGAUGGCUGCAGGAUGUUUGCUCAGGCAAUGAGCACAGCGAAGCGUCUUCAUGUCUUCUCCAGAGCUGAGGGAGCCACAGAGGACUAGUAAUAGAGUGAUUCCUGCAGCUUCGACCAGGACUCGUAGCCCCCUCCAUGAAUUUGUUUAAUCCCCUUUCAGAGCUAUCUGCUUUGGUGGCCAUCACUGCACUUGUGGUAACAAAUCCCACAGUUCAGCUGUAGCCGGCCCACCCACCCCCGCAAGAGCACGUCCUGUUAGCAUCCCCCCCCGCCGCCCCCAACUAGGAGGAGAACAGAGGGGGGCUCUUGAGACCGUCCCGCCCACCCUUGUCCUCGGAGCGCUGCUCGCCUUCCCUUCCCUGGCAGUCCUCCCUUCCGCUUCUGACUCGGUGGCCGAGGCGCUUCGAUCCUGAUGGCCUGGCAGGGUUUCUGUUUCUCCUGCGGCUCCUGCUCCCACCACCCUGCUGCCAAAUGCUGGUUUGCUCACAGCUGUCGCUUGCUGCCCAGAGAUGGCAAACGAUUGCCAAGCCAGCAGCCAUGCUUUGCGCACGGAGGACCGAGGGCACGGGCAGCCCUUUCUGCUGUAGUGCAAAACCACUCUUGGCUUCUGCCCGAUACAGAGGCGGCCUCCUGCAGGCAGCGCCUGGCUGCUGCUGACCCCCCCCCCCCUUUCACCGUACCCUGGGAUCUGGCAGAGUCUCCCCCAUUUGGUUGAUGGCCGGGAAUCCCUGGCCUCCACAGGGUAGGUGAGGUGCCCUGUUGCUGUUUUGCUGAACCUCUUUUGAGGUGGGGAGAGAAGGCUGCUGUGCUGAUAUCCUUCACUUCUCUUUCUAGGGAAACAAUGCAAGCAUUGUUCCUCUUUAUUUUUUCAUGUGACUCAUGAUAUUUUUUUCAUUGUACUCCCUGGGUACUAUUGAUUUGUCAUGUGUUAAAAUAUUUACAAGUAUUCCAAUAAAAAAAAUGUCUAAAAAACAACUCUGAA